AUGGAAGACCCGCCGCCUGCGACCCCGCUGCAGAAUGGGAGCGCCAAUCCCAAGCGCCAUACCCUGCCCGCGUCUACGUCCGCCCCCCGAGAGGGCCGCUCCCGGCGCUCGCCCAACCACAUCCGCCCAAAACCCGCGUCGCCCGAGGUCAUAUCGUCGCUGAUCGACUCCUUAUCCGCUAUUUCCCUGCCUGCACAAGACCACUUUGAGAAUCUGCCGCGCAUCGGCGGCGGGGAUGGUGACAGCUACUCCGUCCCUGCCAGCCCUGUGGCAUGGCAGUCUGGGUUUCAGAACGGCCACGGGGGGUUUGGGGUCGAAUACGGCGUGCAUAGGAACCAACGGUGGGAGGAGGAAAGGCAGAACGACCCGGACUUCGACGAGGCCGCCGAACCGCCGGUCAUUAAAACCGCCCCACCGCCUUCAGGCUAUUCACCGAUCACCGCUCCGAAGGGGCACAAGCGAGACAGGGAAGGCAGCUCUCUCAAGAACUACAUCCUCUCCACUUCCAAGAGCUGCAGCUCGCUAAACUCGAAGCACUCGAGCAACAAAGAUGAUGCGAGCAGCAUCGCAAGCAGCAUAACGCGCGGUCUGCGUCGCCACUCCACAAACAGCAGGGCUUCUUUGGAAAGCCGGCGCAGCGCAACCAAAACACGCAGCCUGGGCUAUGCGAGCUCGCAUGAGAGACUGCGGAGCCGCGACAGCGACUCGAUCGGCCUGAGCAGCCCGCCGUCGGCUCUCUGGUCUCCCACAAAGAGCACCUCAGGCCCGCCGAGUCCGAGGAAACGGUCGCUGCAGUCCUUAAGGGGCUCCAGAAUCGACGAAGUCCCCUACGAAGGGCCUUCGACGCCGCCGCGAAGGUCCAGGCCGAAGCCAGCACCUAUCAACACCACCCCCGGUCCCGCCGAAGUUGAGGAGCGCGGCCCAAGAUGGCCAGAUGAUUCCAUUCCAUCAAGGACUUCCAGUCUCCGUCACCAGUCUCAAAGUCCAGCCAAACACCGGCGGAUAAGUUCGAGAUCUCGGAGCAGGACACAGUCCAAAACAAGGACUGUCAUUGAGGAAGACGAGCCAAUGGAGCCGUCGUUUGAGCCCGAAGGAAAGGGCAAAGAAAAACUAGAAGAACCAGAGCACGAGGAGGACACGCAGGUCACUCGGCGAAUCAAGGAGCUCAAGAGGCAGAAAGAACUCCGGGACAAAGAGGCAGGAAGCCUGCACCUCAACGUCAGCGGUGACGUUCAGGAGCCUCCCCGAUCACCUAGUAUGCGCACUCCGCUUUCCCCCAUCACCCGUGCCCUAGAAUUUGAUGAGCAGCGGCCCAUUGAAGAGUCUCUUGCAAAAGCUCAUAGGAUGCUUGGCCUUGCUCCAACCGAGAUACGACGUUCGUUGACGAGCCCCUUACCCCUAGGGGAUGUUGCAAAUCCCGCUCAGCCUGAACAGAACGGCGGGUCGAAGAACGAUGUUGAAGACGACCUCCCGAUAGACUACAAGCUCGCGUUGCAGUCACUAGGUCGGAGUGAGAGCGAGAGAACCGCAUCGAGUAAUCCGAGUAUCCGCCCGUCGCUCUCAUCCAUGGGACGCAGCCACACCAUCGCGGGCCGUCCCUCGGCCGGUAGCAACAGCAUGUCGGCCAUGAUGCAAGAGCACAAUAAACGGUCUCUUGAAGAAGCGGCACACAAACUGGACCUGCACCUUAGCUUCGAAGCCCCAUCGGAUUCGCGAGCACCCUCUCGAGCGGCCAGCGCUGAGUCUACACCGUCGUCACGGCAGUCGCUCUUCGUGCCGCCGACAACAGGUUUGAAGCGAUCCAACUCCAGCAGCAACGCCAAAAAGAAGCGAUGGUCGCACCCGGACAUCCCCUUGAAGGCUGAACAGAAACAUAAUGCAAAGGUUGAUCAGAUUAAGAGGGAUUCGAUGCAGGUCAAAUCCCCACUCAAACCGCCACAAGUCCCGGAAGCCGUUUUAGAGGAGCCUCUUCGCCCUAACAGUGGGGAUUCAAUUGACGACGAUGUCGACGCUUUCUUGUAUUCGCCACGCCUGACGCAGAAGGUACGCGAACCGAAUACCGGACGAACCAUCUGCUUCUCUGAGGUUGGCGACCCGAAUGGCUUCGCAAUUUUUGUCUGCGUCGGAAUGGGGUUGACUCGCUAUGUCACUGCUUUCUACGAUGAGUUGGCGACAUCUCUCAAGCUGAGACUGAUCACCCCGGAUCGACCGGGAGUAGGGGAGUCCCAGUCAGACCCCCAUGGAACGCCUCUCAGUUGGCCGGAUGACGUUCUUUGUAUUUGCCAAGCGCUCAAGAUCACCAAGUUCUCGAUCAUGGCGCACUCGGCCGGCGCGAUCUACGCCCUAGCAACAGCCUUGCGCAUGCCGCAACACAUUCGCGGCCGCGUGCAUCUUCUCGCCCCAUGGAUUCCACCGUCACAGAUGACUGCGGUUGGCCUCCCCGUCAAUGCGCAGACGCCGGAGCGCCAGCUUCCAAGAGCGCAGCGUCUAUUGCGCGUUCUCCCAACUCCGCUGUUGAAAGUGGCCAACUCUAGUUUCAUGAGUGCAACCUCGGCUAGCAUCACACGGAGCGUACCCAAGUCCCCUCAACGGGUCAAGCGCAAGAGUUACAUUGCCGGCCAACAGAAUCCGGCCGCCCGAGUAUCAGUUGCAGCAAACAAAAAUCGAGAGUCAAUGAUGUUGAUGGACCGCGUGUUACCCAACGGUAGUGCCCUUGAGAUAGCCGCCAAUGACCCAGACGAUCCGAAUCACGAGGUGGCAGCGCAGGCGAAGGCGGCAAUGACGCUGGCGGAGCAAGAGCGGCGCCGUGAGUAUGACACGAGGCUCACUCUGUCGGUGUGGGACAUGGCGACCACGAACGCAAACCCGGCUGUCGACUUGCUCGUAUGUCUGGAACGCACCCAACAGAUUGGAUUCCGCUACGUGGACAUCACUCGGGCUGUUGUGAUACACCACGGCAGCAGAGACACGCGCGUACCGGUCGAGAACGUCAAGUGGCUGGGCCGCACAAUGAAACGCUGCGAGGUGCGCAUCCUUGAAGGCGAGAACCACGGCCUCAUGGCCAGCGCAGUAGUCAUGGGCAAUGUGCUCACCGAAAUGGCGAGGGAGUGGGAGGACUGGACGGCGGUGGUGAAGGAAAGCCGCAGCCGUGACAAUCUGCGCGCGCAAUUCAAUAACGGUUCAUGA